GCUUAAGCGGUUUUUAUUCUGAAACACACCGGGCUUCACAUGUCGUUAAAGAACAGCAGCGUUGCGGUGUUUUGCGUUAGUGGCAACACACGUCGAGCAGUUUUCUGUAAAGUAAAACUCCGUAAAACCACUGUUAAGUUUCAGUGAGCGGUAGCUGGGAUUUGAUCGAUUCAUUCAUCGUCGUUUGACAUUGACAAACAUUCCACAUGAACUGUGUCUGUUGUACUAGCUAGCAUUAGAAGAACUGAGGUUUCCUGCACGUACGUGAACUUACGUUAGCGUUAGCUUCCGAUUCUUGACUAAUUAUGACUCCGCUCAUGCUUCGGUGUUGCGCGUCCUUCAUAACAGUUACCUGUUUAACGUACAUUUCAUUCGCUGUUUUAUCAUUUGAACAGAGGGGAGCUAAACGACUUCUCUUUGGGAUUAAAGAGAAUCCUGCUCCACACGGAGCUUGGUUAUAAAGUCUGCCCUCAUAUUAGGUGCUAUGUAUUCCUAUUGUGGCUUUCUGUGUUAUGCUGUGUGUAUUCAUAGUGUUGACAUACAACUAGUCCAAACGUGGCCAUUUUGAUCCUAAGACGGAAAAUGCCAUCAAGGAAUCAUCUUGAUAAAAUUGGGAGAAAGAAGAAGAAGAAAUGGACAGAAGAGGCCAUGGAGCACGCGCUGGUCGAGGUGAAGUCCGGGAGGUGCACAGUGAGACAGGCUGCCAAGGAGUUUGGAGUCCCCAAGUCUUCACUGGGGGACAGAGUGAGUGGGCGCGUGAGACCAGGAAGUCGCAGUGGGCCGGCUCAGCUCAUCACGUCCUCCGACGAGGAGCAGCUAGUGGAGUUCUCCUUAUACAUGUCCAAGUACGGGUUCCCGCUCACUAAGCAACAGCUGGUGUCCUUUGCCUCGUCCAUUUAUAAGCGUCAACAUCGGAGGGUGGCGUUUUCCAAGCUCGGCCAGACUUGGUGGCUUAACUUCCGGAGACGACAGGAGAAAAACAUCACCAUUCAGCCGGCGGACAGCGUCGUCCGUGGGAGAACAGUGUGUGUGAGGAAGGAGGCUGUGGAUCAGUUUUUCCGUUUAUUGACCACCGUCAUGGACACUCAUGGACUCAGGGACAAGCCGUACCACAUCUUCAACUGCAGUGAGACAGGGUUUCAGCUGGGCAGGAGGAGGGUCCUUCUCCCCAAAUCUGCCAGUGUGGGAUGCAAGGCAGCAGCAGGCUCCAGAGACCAUAUCUCCAUCCUGGCUUGCUUCAACGCAGCUGGGGAGGACAUCCCACCGUUUAUCAUUUACUCCAAAGCCUAUCCAGGGGGAGUGUGUUACAAGACACAAGGGCCGUCGAAUGCCCUCUAUGGAUGGUCAGAGUCGGGUUGUGUGAACUCUGACCUCUUUAAGAAAUGGUUCCUCAAACAUUUUCUCGUGCACGUUCGGAAAGAGCGUCCGCUGCUGCUAAUCUUUGACGGCCACAAAUCACCCGUGAACCUCGAGGUGGUGGAGGCGGCUCGUAAGGAGGACAUCAUCCUUCUCUGCCUUCCGCCCCAUUGCUCUCACAUCCUGCAGCCGCUUGAUGCAGGUCUCUUUGUGCUCCUGAAGAAGCACUUUGCAGCACUCACAGGUGACGGCAGUGCCGCUGAUAGUCACUUUGCUGUAAGCAAAAAAGAUUUCUCAAGUGUAUUUAAAGGGACGUAUCAGGUGGCAAAGGAAGAGGAGGGUGUCAGGAUUGUCACUGAAGGCUUUAGGAAAUGUGGCAUCUACCCACUGAACCACUUCACCGCUAACGAAGGCCAUUUAUUGCCACCACACAGCAUGAGCCCAGUAGCUGGACCUUCUUUGACUACAGCAGUGCAGGAACUGCACACUGUCGGAGAAUUCACAGCUGCUGGACCCUCCUCAUAGCUCUUUGCUAUCGAAGACUAAUGUCGUCCUGUUGCACCUUUUGAGGAAAGAGCGAUGGACUCCAUUCAACAUAGCCUGAUUGAACACUCCUGCUUCCCCCAGCCUUCCUGAAGAGUGCUCGGAUUGUUGGUUCAUUGAGAAUAAAUGAUGUGGGAUAUUAAUUGCAAGUCUUUCAAAUUAAGUGUGAGGUGCUUCCAGCGUAUUUCUCCAGAGAAAGCUGCAGUGAAACAAGAGCCUCUGGGCCCUGUUUCUAAAGUAAUAACCCCUUUCACAUUCAGUAUCCUACUGACAUUUGUGAUGAUCAACAAAAAGAAUCCUGGGCUUGGGCACAGCCUUUGUGAAUACUUUGUUAUCGGACAUCAUUUGUUUAAAUUGGUACAGUUGUUUCUAGAAAAACAGUUUGAGGUGUUCGGCAAUGACUGAUUGCUGAGCGAGGAAGGGUCCAAGUGAGCCCCAGCUUGUCUGUGAUAACAGCAGGAUACAAAGAAGCAGGUCCUGUAUUUAGACACCAGAGAAGGUGUGAGUUCUAUGCAUAUGGAUGAAAUCAAGUAAAGUUGUUCCAGGGAUUUUCCCUGUUGAACUUGUCUGGGUUUGUGUUUUUUUUUGUACACACAAAAUACAAGAGUUUAACUAUUUGCCCACUGCAUUGGAUAUGAAUUUGAAUAUAUACAAACAAAAGAAGUAGACAUUUCAUUUUAGGUGAUCACAUUUGAUCAAACUAAAUUUUAUCAUGUACUGAUGGUGAGAUGAGGACAUGUUACGUGUUUUUAUGUUUCAUCCUAAAUUUACCUUAUAGGUAGAAUAUAUUGCCUUUGUCUUUUAGUAGAUAUUGAGUAAAGCUAAGAUUGGUCCUAUGCUACAUUUAAAUUCAUAAUUCUAUUUUUUUCUAUUUUUUACUCAGUAGAAUGGAGAUAUUGCAUUACUACUGUAUGACCUCAGGGACAAACUCCAGUAGGAAGAUUUUUGAUCCAAUAUUUUAGGACCAAAAUGUCCAUAUGCUCAAUAAUUCCCUGUAAAGGGUUGUGCUACUUUUGUGUGUGUGCCAUGUACUGUAUGUGUUAAAGUCUAGUGAUGUAAUAUCAAUGCAAUACAUGGAGCUGGCUGUAAGGUGAGGCAGUACAGAGUACUGUAAGUAUUAAUAAGUACAAUUACUGUGCACAAACAGUAUCAACAUUUUAAAGAUUAUUUAAACAAAGGAGGAAGAUGGUUUUGUAUGCGACUCUAGUUUUGAUCGGUUAACGUUUAUGUUCACAAUUUACAUACAAGGCUUUAAAUAUUUAUACAAGUCAGAUUAAUAUUUUAAAACCGAAGGACAGAGAAGAGAUAAGCGGGUGUAUAUGAAUGGUGACUGCGUUAUCACUCAGGAGCACUGGUCAGCUCACAUCGUACUCGAGGUUGUUGUGGUGCAGCCUCUGGGCUAAGUCAGUGUUUAUGUAUGUUAAUAUCACAGACGAUUUCCUCCUGGAGCAUGAAACAAUUAUUUAUUAUUCAUUAACUCAACAAAGUCAAAGCACACGAUCAGUUUGUGCAGAUCUGUUUCUACAUUGUUGCUCACAUCAAACAGUGUCAGUUGAUGGGCAUUGCACCGUUAGUAAUGUUAGUAACUUGUUGCCUAAAGUGAUUCUUUCUAUGAGAAACAAUUGUUCAAUAAAACUGUCAGUUUUUAUUUAAA